GAUUGGAUUAAGCGUUUCAUGAGUUGUGUGACUACUAUAAGCACAGUUUGGAUCCAAUACAACCAAAAGAAAGCCAAAAUGGUGAAUCCUUCUCCUGGAAUUGCUAUUCUCGGAGCUGGGAUCUUCGUCAAAACGCAAUACAUUCCACGUUUGGCUGAGAUCUCCGAUCUCGUCGUCCUGAAAGCGAUUUGGAGCCGUACUGAGGAAUCUGCAAAAGGAGCUGUGGAGAUAGCAAGAAAGCAUUUUCCUGAUGUGAAGUGCAAAUGGGGAGAUGAGGGUCUAAAUGAGAUCAUGGAAGAUAGUUCAAUAGUUGGUGUUGCUGUAGUUGUAGCUGCAGAAACCAUGGUUGAAAUGUCACUGAAGAUGCUCAAGGCAGGAAAGCACGUCCUUCAAGAGAAGCCAGCUGCUGCGUCGAUCAGUGAGAUAGAAGCUGCAAUGUUAAGCUAUAGAAUUAUUUCAGCUGAUACCCCAUGCCGUCCUAUCUGGGCUGUGGCUGAAAAUUAUCGUUUUGAGCCAGCUUUUGUUGAGUUGAAGAAACUGAUAGCAGAAAUUGGGGAUAUGAUGAACGUCCAACUAAUUAUUGAGGGAUCAAUGAACAGUUCUAAUCCUUAUUUCUCAAGCUCCUGGAGGCGAAAUCUGAGUGGUGGUUUCAUCUUGGAUAUGGGUGUGCAUUACAUUGCAGGGUUAAGAAUGCUUGUUGGAUGUGAGGUAGCAUCAGUCUCAGCCUCCACUUCUCAUGUGGAUAAAACUUUACCUGGACCAGACAAUAUAACAUCAAACUUUCAGCUCGAGAAUGGAUGCUCUGGGGUUUUUGUUAUGGUUGUGUCUUCAAGGUCUCCAAAGAUAUUAUGGAGAGUCGUAGGACUAAAGGGCACUGUUCAACUAGAGCGUGGAGUCGAAGGUGGCCGACAUGGUUACAUGACCACGAUUUAUGGAGAAGGAGGGACAACAAGGACCAUCUUUUACCCGUUCAGCGGAGUGACUGAAGAACUAAAAGCGUUCUUCAAUGAUAUAUCAGAUACUUCAAAGAAGGAGCAAGAGCCUCGUCUAUCAUACGUCGAAGGUGCCCGUGACGUUGCGGUUCUUGAAGCAAUGCUCGAGUCUGGUGCAAAAAAUGGAGCCGUAGUCCCUGUCCCCAAAUUCUAGCUUUGAACCUUUAAUAAGUACGAUUUAGACACCAAGAGACUGCUAAAGCUUUGUUGGAAUAAAAAUUGUUACCUUUCUACAUAAAUAUGCAAACUCAAUAAUAUAUAUUUUGUAACCAA